AUGUGUAUGUUUGUUUCAGCUGGACCUUCCAACGUUCUCCCAAACUGGUUCAAUCCCCGUAAAGACGUUAACGGCUGUGGAGUGUGGCUGCCAGCCACUGAGGCAUCACCUUGUGGCUACAACUGGAUCUUCCCGGACAUCACACAAGCUGACAUCAACGUUUUGAGGGACAUUGGCGCCAACGUGCACCUCAAAGACCUGGAUCGCGUGAUUGACGUGGUGAACAACCAUUGGGCACUCACGUAUUACGGAUUUCUGCCAUGUUCCCGGCAUGCCUGUGGGAAGGGCUGCUGUCUAGGCUUCCUGAUAUUUGCCGUUUUCCAGUUAAUUAUUGCCGGGAUAUCAAUGCAUUUUCGGUUACUGUUAUCUGUGCAAGCUGUGAUAGGAUAUUUUUGUAUGUUUGUAAUUAUCCCAAUCGUGGUUGUUUCUUGCUGGAGAUCCAAACACGUGGCCAUCAGAAAGGCUGAACGGAAAUUAAGUAGGGUUUUGCUGGAGAAAAAUCGUAUUUUGUACCGAAAGUGUAAAGUUAUCGUGUCCGUGAGGGUUGACCCUACCCCGAAGAUUGCUGUGGUUUAUUACAAUACUCAGCGAUGCAAGGAUUUCAUCAAAGAACUGUUGAAGAACAACAGGGGUGGUGAAAGAAUGGAUCAGGUCAAUGAUGAAGAACUGGACGCACGAGCUGACGCCAUCGUGGACAACCUUGUUGACAAGCUUGCCUCAAAAUUUGCCAGAUGGGAGGAAAUCCAGGCGGCAAACUUUCUUCGUCAUAAGACAAAGCAAGACAAAUUGUGUCUUUGUCAGCUGUACGAAGCUUCAUCUGAGCAUUCUUUUUAGCCAAGAAUUGGCCGCUGGUAACCAUCUAACAGGAUUUGACACAAAAGUAGGAUUAUUUCCAAUAAACUGUACGUGCGUUAUGCUGUAUAAGAAUGUGGCACUCGCCAGCAAUUUCGCUGAUAUCCUCAAAAUGAAGAGAAUGUAAACUAAGGCGGCUGCUAAAUCCGCAAUAUAAGAAGGAUGAAAGAGAGGCUAAACAUAAUAAUCGUUGAAACGUGCGCAAUGAGGAGAAUGGAAGUUUAACCGAAUUAAAACCUAGGCUUAUACCUUGUUGAAAUCUAAGCAUUCGUUGAAAUGUGCAGUUUGAGAAAUAUGGUAGUGUGGUCGAAGAUUGGAGUUUUUUGAAACCUUUGUUUAAGCCAUUCCCUUCAUCUCUCUGGGUUGACUCUUAAAUCUUUGGUGGGCAGUGCGAGUUCAGGCCAAAUCCAUGUAUCAUGUUUUCAGGAAUGAAGUGCAAGAGUGAAGAGGUCUCACGUGUGUGCCGAAAACUUGAAAUAAUACAGUCACGUAACAUGGAUUUCCAGGAACUACAUUUGACUGCUGAUAUUUAAUGACAGUUUGCAUUGGAUGAUUAAGACAAUUAAGACAAACCUGUAACUGGGUCUUACUACAUUCUAUGUUGAUUUCUGUCAAAAGUCCUAGUCCAGCCGAGUGAAAGAUAACCGUAACUAUGCUAACAAUACAACGUCUAACAGAUGUCCCUUCCCAAGACGCUGGGUAUCUUACUAUCUGCACUUAGAAUCUCUGUAGCAUUUUCUACCUAGCAUUGUGUCAAUCAUCCAUCACUUUUAUUUUAACCAAUCAACUCCGGUUAUGAUCAUAUCGAGUAUUCCUAGUCCUAUAAUCCCUAUAGUGCAUCUACCGCUUUUUACGCUCGCUUUACAUCACUGCCAACUCUAGAUAACCUUGGAGCCUGUGCGAUGCAUGUGGGCUCGAUUAGCCUUAGUCUCACCACUGGCGUCCUUGUACAGACCUGUAAUCAGCAUUUAUCAAUAAAACCAAUUAAUGAUAAUCAUGCUGAACAUUCUUUAGAUAGAAGGGAUGAAUGUGCGUCAAGUUAUAGGAACAAAAGUGGAUACCGACAUUUUGUAUGGAACGUAGGAAGCGACGCAUGCGCUGUAAAGAGUAUAUUCUGAUCCACGGCCCGGCAAAAAACUUCGAACAGACAGGGGUGUUAGCCAUCUGUAACCUUUGCUCGCAUGACGUGGACUUUUCGCUCGUCAUGCAUAGCGGCCGAUUUUUAUCCGUGAAGAAGCCUCCACUGCGGAGAAUAUUCGGCAACUCGAAAAGGGAAACAUGGCUGCCUGUUCGAAAACGUAGCAUGUUUAGGUCCUAAAAUGACCGAUUUUGGGCAAAACAGAAGUCGAUUGUGGUCCAAUAAAUGUGCGACCCCCUCGGUCAUGGAUCGCGUAUAUACCUCGUGGUGUCUUCAGCUACUUAUACACUGAGUAUUCCUAUCAUUUAUUCCUGAAAACCUUCUAGCGGAAAUCUGCUGACUAAAGCCUAAGAUUCAUCAUGGUCACUGAUCGAACUUUGCUUCAGAGAAAUUAUGUAUGCAGUGAAGAUAGUUCUUCCUUAGUAUUGUAUCCUCUAAUAUAACACUAUUCGCACGAUUCUAAUAAAACAAUAGUUUUCAGCGCUAUUUACAU